GAGGAGGAAAACAAGAACCCGGACAACUAGACCACCGGACUCAUCCACCGACACCGAGGACCUGAACACCACCGACAUACAGAUCUUAGCAGGACAAAAGAUGGCAACACCUCCAGAGGUUGUCUUGGAGUGUUUGGAGGAUUUGGGAUCUGAAGACUUUGAAAAAUUCAAGUGGUACCUGUAUCAGCGGGGGGUCCUUGAAGGCUUCAAAGCAAUCCCAAAGAGUCGACUGGAGAAAGCAAACAGAACUGAAACAGUGGAUCAGAUGGUCGAGAACUACUGUAUUAACACUAUUGAAGUGACCAGAAUGGUUUUGGGGAAGAUCAGUCAGAAGGAUCUAUUGGAACGUUUGUCAAACACCAUCUCAGAUCCUUCAGAGAUUCUUAUUGUGUGCCAGUGCAAACUGAAGUCUAGCCUGAAGAAGAGGUUCCAGUGUGUGUUUGAGGGGAUUGCUAAAGCAGGAAACCAAACCCUUCUGAAUCAGAUCUACACAGAGCUCUACAUCACAGAGGGAGGGACUGCAGAAGUCAAUGAUGAACAUGAGGUCAGACAGAUUGAAACAGCAUCCAGGAAACCAGACAGGCCAGAAACAACAAUCAGACAAGAAGAAAUCUUCAAACCCUCACCUGGAAGAGAUGAACCAAUCAGAACAGUGAUGACAAAGGGAGUGGCUGGCAUUGGGAAAACAGUCUUAACACAGAAGUUCACUCUGGACUGGGCUGAAGACAAAGCCAACCAGUACAUACAGUUCACAUUUCCAUUCACUUUCAGAGAGCUGAAUAUGCUGAAAGAGAAAAAGUACAGCUUGGUGGAACUUGUUCAUCACUUCUUUACUGAAACCAAAGAAGCAGGAAUCUGCAGGUUUGAAGAGUUCCAGGUUCUGUUCAUUUUUGACGGUCUGGAUGAGUGUCGACUUCCUCUGGACUUCCACAACAAUGAGAUCCUGACUGAUGUUACAGAGUCCACCUCAGUGGAUGUGCUGCUGACAAACCUCAUCAGGGGGAAACUGCUUCCCUCUGCUCGCCUCUGGAUAACCACACGACCUGCAGCAGCCAAUCAGAUCCCUCCUGAGUGUGUCGGCAUGUUGACAGAGGUCAGAGGGUUCACUGAUCCACAGAAAGAGGAGUACUUCAGGAAGAGAUUCAGAGAUGAGAAGCAGGCCAGAACAAUCAUCUCCCACAUCAAGACAUCAAGAAGCCUCCACAUCAUGUGCCACAUCCCAGUCUUCUGCUGGAUCACUGCUACAGUUCUGGAGCAUGUGUUGAAAAACAGAGAGGGAGGAGAGCUGCCCAAGACCAUGACUGAGAUGUACCUCCGCCUUGUAGUGCUUCAGUCCAAACUGAAGAAUGUCAAGUAUGAUGGAGGAGCAGAAAAAGAUCCACACUGGAAACCAGAGAGCAGGAAGAUGAUUGAGUCUCUGGGGAAACUGGCUUUUGAGCAGCUACAGAAAGGCAACCUGAUCUUCUAUGAAUCAGACCUGACAGAGUGUGGCAUCGAUAUCAGAGAAGCCUCAGUGUGCUCAGGAGUGUUCACACAGGUCUUUAAAGAGGAAGACUGUGGGAUGUUUGAAGAAACAGUGUUCUGCUUCAUCCAUCUGAGCGUUCAGGAGUUUCUGGCUGCUCUUCAUGUCCAUCUGACAUUCAUGAACUCUGGAGUCAAUCUGCUGGCAGAAGAAAAAAAAACACCCUGGUGGUCUAAAAUAAGAAAAGAUAAAUCAACACGUUUCUACCAGAGUGCUGUGGACGUGGCCUUACAGAGUCCAAAUGGACACCUGGACUUGUUCCUCCGCUUCCUCCUGGGUCUGUCACUGCAGACCAAUCAGACUCUCCUAAGAGGACUGCUGACACAGACAGGAAGUAGCUCACAGACCAAUCAGGAAACAGUCAAGUACAUCAAGAAGAAGAUCAGUAAGAAUCUGUCUGCAGAGAAAAGCAUCAGUCUGUUCCACUGUCUGAAUGAACUGAAGGAUCGUUCUCUAUUGGAGGAGAUCCAACAGUCCCUGAGGUCAGGAAGUCUCUCCACAGAUAAACUGUCUCCUGCUCAGUGGUCAGCUCUGGUCUUCAUCUUACUGUCAUCAGAAAAAGAUCUGGAUGUGUUUGACCUGAAGAAAUACUCUGCUUCAGAGGAGGCUCUUCUGAGGCUGCUGCCAGUGAUCAAAGCCUCCAACAAAGCUCUGCUGAGUGGCUGUAACCUCUCAGAGAGAAGCUGUGCAGCUCUGUCCUCAGUUCUCAGCUCCCAGUCCUGUAGUCUGAGAGAGCUUAACCUCAGUAACAACAACCUGCAGGAUUCAGGACUGAAGCAGCUGUCUGCUGGACUGGAGAGUCCACACUGUACACUGGAAACUCUCAGCCUGUCAGGAUGUCUGAUCUCAGAGGAAGGCUGUGCUUCUCUGGCCUCAGCUCUGAGCUCCAACCCCUCCCAUCUGAGAGAGCUGAACUUGAGCUACAAUCAUCCGGGAGCCUCAGGAGAGAAGCUGCUGUCUGCUGGACUGAAGGAUCCACACUGGAGACUGGAGACUCUCAGCCUGCAGCCUGCUGGAGUCCGAUGGUUGACACCAGGUCCUUGGAGGCGUAAGUAUUUCUGUCAACUCACACUGGAUCCAAACACAGCAUACAGAUACCUCAUACUGUCUGACAACAACAGGAAGGUGACACGUGUGUGGGAGGAUCUGUCAUAUCCUGAUCAUCCAGACAGAUUUGAUGUCUGGCCUCAGCUGCUGUGUAGAAAUGAUCUGACUGGUCGCUGUUACUGGGAGGUCGAGUGGAGAGGACUGGUUUAUAUAUCAGUGAGUUACAGAGGAAUCAGCAGGAAAGGAAACAGUAAUGACUGUUGGUUUGGAGGGAAUGAUCAGUCCUGGAGUCUGAACUGCUCUGAUGGUGGUUACUCUGUCUGUCACAAUAAGAGAGAAACAUCCAUCUCCUCCUCCUCCUCCUCCUCCUCCUCCUCCUCCUCCUCCUCCUCCUCCUCUGUCUCUAACAGAGUAGCAGUGUAUGUGGACUGUCCUGCUGGCACUCUGUCCUUCUACAGAGUCUCCUCUGACACACUGAUCCACCUCCACACCUUCAACACCACAUUCACUCAGCCUCUGUGUGCUGGGUUUAGAGUCUGGUCUGGUUCAGUGUCUCUGUGUUCUCUGUAGGAGGAAGAGUCUCCUCCUGUUAGAGAAACUUUCUCAUGUUAUUUAGUACCAACCUGAUCUCUCACUGCUUGUAAAUGCAGUUUCUAAACCAACAUGGUUUCCACAUGACUGACAGUUUGUUUGACAUUUAAAAAGCUGUAAAAAAGAAGCUGAUGUUCUCAGAGCAGAUAGCUCAGUCUGUUAGAGGACUGUUUGGAGGUUCGGAGGUCGUGGCUUUGAUCCUUAUGAGUCUCAGUGAAACUCAGAAGCUCUCAGAGAGAAAACCACCAGCGGCUGAAAGUUUACUGAAACGUCAAGUUGUGACCAAGGUUUUUAAAAAUGUUGGAAGAGUUUUGCCGACUAACUAUAACUCACAUAAUGACAGUAAGUAUCUGCUGGCCUAUAGAGGCUCUUUGUUGUUUUUACUCUUAUUUGUUGUUCAAUUAGUUGUUUUUUUAAUCAUAUAGUCAAUUCAGAAAGCGACAUGUUUUUAUGUGUCUCUACUGGAUGUGCAUGUAGAGCUGUAAAUAAACAUGAUUCAUAGAUUCAUCAAUUCAUGGUUUUGUCUAUAAAAUGUCAGGAAAUUGUGUAAAUUGUGUAAAAUGCUGGUUGUAAUUUCACAGAGUCAAAGGCGACGUCUUUAAAUGUCUCAUUUUGUCUGAACUAAAGUCCAGAACAGUCAAAUAUUCUGUUUAUUAUCAUGUAAGACAAAGAAAAGCAUUCAAUCUUCACACCUGAGAAGCUAAAAGCAGAAAAUGUUUGCUUCAAAAUGACUCAAAUGAUGAUUAAGUGUUAAUUUAGUGUUGAUGGAUAAUCAAUGAAUGGACUAAUUGUUGCAGCUCUGGCUGUAUGUGAACAGAAUAUUAGAGGACAAACAGCUGACAGUUUAGCGCCUUACUAAAUAUCCACAAUAAAAAGCUCAUUUACAGGAUCAUCAAUCUGUUUACAA